ACCCCGGAGGAGGACCAACAAUUAAUUAAUAAUCUGUCUCUCUCUCUCUUAUCAGUCCGUUCGGUCGUCUCCGAGGCGAGUUGGGGGAGUUUAUUCGGUCGGAUCGGCGGUGAAGAAAAGGCACAUAUUACAGACUCAAAUACUAUGGGGAAGAUGAGAUCUUUCAAACAGGAGUUUUCAUUCGAGGAACGAUCGGAGGAGUCGCGAGAUAUGAUCGCCAAAUAUCCUGAUCGAGUUCCCGUGGUGGUUGAAAGGUAUUCAAACACAGACCUCCCUGAGAUAGAAAAGAAAAAAUACCUGGUACCCCGAGACAUGUCUGUUGGGCAAUUCAUUCACAUCCUGAGCUGCAGGCUUCGUCUGGCUCCUGGGAAAGCUCUCUUUGUAUUUGUGAAUAGUACUUUACCUCAAACAUCAAGUCUGAUGGAAUCUGUCUAUAAAACCUUCAAGGAGGAGGAUGGGUUCCUGUAUAUGUGCUACAGCAGUGAGAAAACCUUUGGUUGUGGUAAUUCCCAGACAUGCGGAUGCACUUCUUUGUAAAUUCUGGCAAUCUGCUCCUAUUCUGAUGCUUGAAACAUAAUGCAGUAUUUGUGUAUUAAACUGCUGCACAUUAUAAUUGGUUCUGUAAAUUCUUCAGAUUGGAAAUGAUCUUGAAUUUAUUACAAA